CGCUGAUUACGUCUACCGACUUCCGCUCUACAGCGUGACCGCUUCCGUGUUGACCCACGUUUUCACGUUACCUACACGAAACAGUUAUUCGCCGAUAAACGUGUUUAAAAUACUCAAGAUGAGGCCAUUAACUGAGGAAGAGACGAAAACAAUGUUUGAGAAACUGUCGAAAUACAUUGGUGAAAACAUAAAACUAUUAGUGGACCGACCUGACGGUACCUAUUGUUUCAGGCUGCACAAUGAUCGCGUGUACUACAUGAGUGAGAAAAUUCUUAAGUUGGCCACAAACAUUUCCCGGGACAAGCUCGUGUCAGUGGGAACGUGUUUUGGAAAGUUCACAAAGACCAACAAGUUCCGCCUGCACAUCACAGCUCUGGAUUUUCUGGCGCCCUAUGCGAAGUUUAAGGUGUGGGUGAAGCCUGGAGCUGAGCAGUCUUUCCUCUAUGGGAACCACGUGCUAAAAUCUGGGCUUGGGAGAAUCACUGAGAACACUAUGCAGUACCAGGGAGUUGUGGUCUACUCCAUGGCUGAUGUGCCCCUGGGUUUUGGAGUUGCAGCCAAGUCUACACAAGAGUGCCGGCGAGUGGACCCCAUGUCCAUUGUAGUGUUCCACCAGGCUGAUGUGGGAGAGUUCAUUAGGAAUGAAGACACAUUAACAUAAAGAUGCAGCAGCAAAUGAACUGUCAAUUCCCCCAUUUCUUUACAACUUUCAAACCCAGUAAGUCAGUAAAAGUCACCUGUACUGACUCACUUUGGGAUGCCGCUAAUCUGCAGUCUACAGGAUUCCUUUGUCACAGAGCCUCUUAAUGUUCCACUAUGACUUUGAGUCAAAUCUUGUUAAAAUGAAGCAGAAUGUUUUUUUGUGAUUUUCUUUUGUAAAUGUCAUCUUUCAAAUAAAUCCAUAAUGUCUUUGUA